AUGCAUCUUAUUUGGAUGGCGCUUCGCGCCUCGUCUAGAAGGUUGUGGGGUGUCUGCUCAAGAGGACGGUUGCGGUUCACAUGUGCAGCUGGGAGCACGGACUCUGCUUCAGCUGCAGUCCAGAGGGAGCGGGUUGAGGCCCGAGCGGAGAAGCCCUCUGCGCCUUCGACGAAAAACUUUGAACUUUCACCGUUCGCACUGUAUUUGUUGGAUCGUGGACCUGAAACGUUGGUUCAAGCCUCCCGAGAAGAACUUCUGGGGUAUCACCGGUUGAUGUUUACAAUGAGAAGGAUGGAGAUCGGUGCCGAUCAGCUGUACAAAGCGCAAAAAAUCAGAGGUUUCUGCCACCUAUACGACGGGCAGGAGGCAGUGGCGGCUGGUAUGUCACAAGUGAUUACGUUUGACGACUAUCUCAUUACUGCCUAUCGCAACCAUUGCCAGCAGCUCAUGCGUGGCGACACUGUGGAGGGCAUCAUCGCGGAACUUCUGGGUCGCGCGAUCGGAUGCUCGCAAGGUAAGGGCGGCUCAAUGCAUCUGUAUUUUCCGGAAAACAACUACUUUGGUGGCAACGGUAUUGUGGGAGCUCAGGUGCCACUGGGAACAGGCCUUGCAUUUGCCGCGAAAUACAAAAAGGAAAACGCUGUCUCUAUAACCAUGAUGGGCGAUGGGGCGGCAAACCAGGGCCAAGUCUACGAAUCAUUUAAUAUGGCCGCACUUUGGAAGUUACCCGUUGUCUACGUGAUUGAAAACAAUCAGUACGGCAUGGGAACAUCCGCAAAUCGAGCAGCAGCUAAUCCUUUGUACUAUACGCGGGGAGCUUACAUUCCCGGAAUACGUGUCGACGGCAUGGAUGUUCUGGCGGUUCGAGAGGCCACCCGGUUUGCGAAAGACUGGUGUCUACAAGGAAAUGGACCCAUUUUGCUGGAGAUGCAGACAUAUCGCUAUCACGGGCACUCGAUGAGUGACCCUGGCAUAACCUAUAGAACACGCGAUGAGAUCAAUGAAAUGAGAAAAACGCGUGAUCCGAUCGAGAAAGUGAAGAGCCGACUCGUAGACGUUGGCUGGGUGACUGCUGAUGAGCUGAAGCAGACUGAGAGGGCAAUUCGACAGGAUGUGGACGAGGCAAUCAAAAGGGCGCUGGAUGCCCCCGAGCCGGCGCCAGAGUUGUUGUGGAAACAUCUGUAUACAACUGAAGCGACUCGAGUCCGGGGCACCUCCAUCGACAAUGGCUAUGAAGCCUAG